CAAUCAUUAAAACCCUAACUCAAGGGGUAGGGAGCUAAACCCCGAGUUACUCUGAAACCCUAGGAUGUAUGUGCACAACAAACCCUAGAUUGGGGUAGGGCAUGGCGUCAACCCUGGUCCAGUAACUCUAAUAACAUCCAAAACGGUAAGGGCCCGCCGCACAAUAACAUUGUUUGCACGCCUGGAUGAUCUUUCUUUUCUUUUCAUAUUUUGUCUACCACUUUUAAGAAUUCUCAGCUAUGUACUGAGCAUGAUAUAUCAGGAUUAAGUUUUGUCCGAACGCUGUGCAGCUAACGGUUGCUGGGCUUUUUUGUGUGGCUAAAUAUGGCAAAGCGGGGCCAAAUUUGAAGGCGGGUGAUGGAUAACUGAUUUUUGUUUCAGAUUCCAAUGCCAUAUAGUCUUGAGAUGGAGAAACUGUGAUUUGGGGAAGCCUUUAGGGUUUGAGAAUGAUGACGACAAGGUCGAGAACGGUUUUUUAGGUGUUAUGUCGCCGACUGAGUUAUCGACACCAAUUCUUUAGGCUUCGUCCAUUAGUUUAUGUAUUGUACAUUCUGUGAGUGUGGGGUCCUGCAAAUUUCGGUAUGGUGACUGAAAGUCCCCUGCGGAUGCUGUCAAGUUUGGGAAUGGGAGGCGCCCUGGCGGAUAACAUUAGGGCCCCUGGUAUGUCCAUACAGGAUAGCUAUGGGGAGGGGUUUGCUAAAGAGUUGGGAAUGCUGCUGCGAGAUCAGAAUCUACGUGAGUCCAGCGAGAGGGAGAGGGAAUUGAAUUUAUAUCGCAGCGGCAGCGCGCCUCCCAGUGUUCAGGGAUCGCUGGCGGCGGUGGGCGGUCUUUUUGGCAAUGGCUUUGAGGCCAACAAUGAUAUACAGCUAGGAAAUGGUUUGACUUCGGAGGAGGACAUCAGAUCUAAUCCUGCCUAUUUGGAGUACUAUUAUUCUCACGUUAAUCUUAAUCCGAGGUUGCCUCCUCCUCUUAUUUCCCGCGAGGAUGGGCGGCUUGUGCAACGACUUCAAGCCACUGGGGCUGGGGGGCAUGGCGGAAUCGGUGACAGGAGAAAAGUGAGGCCUUUUGCUGACGGAAACAGCAAGUCUUUGUUCUCCACACAGCCCGUGCUUCCGACACACAGGGAGGAGAAUGAAUCUUUGUCUCCUAGAGGAGAAGGCUUGCUGCGGCAAAGCUCCGCAGAAUGGCUUGAGGGAGGUGAUGAUGGUUUGAUUGGCUUGUCAGCUCGAGGACUGGGUUCUCGCCGGAAAAGUUUUGCAGAUGUUAUACAGGAAGAUCUUGGAAGAUCUACGGCAAUUUCUGGACAUUUUUCCAGACCUUCUAGUAGAGCUGCACAAGAUGGCGACUUUGAUCAGAUGUCUUUGGCUGCUGAGGCUCUGUCUAACUCAGAAGUAGCAAUGAUAGAAGGCCUGCGUUCUCGCUCUGCAACCCCAGGUCUUACCAGAGUUCAAAGUGUUGGGGGGGCUCAAUCUUCACAAACUUUUGCAGCUGCAGUAGGUGCAUCUCUUUCAAGAAAUCCAACUCCAGAACCUCAGCAAGGCUCGGCAGGGUUAGCUAAUGCUGGAAACUUUCCAAUAUCUGAGAAGCAGAGCAUUGUUAACCAUGACUCAUAUAAUAGGUUUUCAGCAGAAUCAGCAGAGCUUGCUGCUGUUUUGUCUUCUUUGAGUGUAGCAUCAAAUGGGACAUCUUUCAGUGAAGAUCUUAAACACGUCAAAUCACAAAUUGACCAGGAAAGCUUAAAAACUCAAGAUCAUUCAUACCACCAUCAAAGUAUCAACCAAAAUAUACACAAUUCGCAUAUUGCAAAAUCACAAGCUGAAUUAGUCAAGCCACCUAUUUUGACAGAAACACAUCACCAUUCCUACUCUGCACAAAAUCAAGGCAAGAAAGGAUUGGUAGAUGUUAAUAUGCCUUCUUUGACUUCUUCAUCUCUUACACCCAAUUUGUACAGUGCAGUAUCAACUGCUGGAGUGUCUAAUGGAGAAUGUUCCAGUGGACAAUAUCAAAACCCACUCUCUAGUUUUCCUAAUUUUGGCCUAAGUGCAUAUCCAGUAAAUCCGAUGCUCUUGUCGCCCAUGAUGACCAAUUAUCCUGUAACUGGAAAUUUGCCUCCCAUGUAUGAUAAUGUUGCUGCAGCAGCUGCACUUGCAGCUGCUAGCAUGGAAUCAAGACCUCAAGCUGGUAAUUUAUCUGGAGGAGCAUCGGAGGGUAAUUUAGAUCUACAAAAUUUGUACAGGGGACAAAUGGGGCCUGGAUAUCAGAUGCCAAUCAUGGAUGCAUUACACAUGCAGCAUUUACAGAGAACAUCUGAGUAUGCUGCACGGAUGGCUACAGGCUUGAAUGACUCUACCAUAUCAAGGAAUUACACCAGUGGUUCUUAUGUUGAUAUAAUUGAACUCCAGAAAGCUUACUUGAGUGCUUUGCUUUCUCAACAGCAAUCACAGUAUGGUAUGCCAUAUCUGGGCAGAAGUGGCAAUACAAGUUCAGGAUAUUAUGGCAGUCCUUUUGGUUUUACCAUGCCGUAUUUGGGUAGCCCAAUUGGAACUUCUAUGCCACCUGUUUCUUCAAUGGUACCUGCAACUUCACCUGCUAGGCAUAAUGAACGAAGCCUUCGUCACUCCUCUGGUUCAAAAGGUUCUUCUGGAGGAGCAGUAGGUACAUGGCAAACUGAAAAUGGGGGUAGUAGUAUAGGUUCAUCUUUGCUGGAAGAGUUCAAGAAUAAUAAAAACAGAUGUUCUGAAUUAUCAGAUAUUGUUGGACAGGUUGUCGAGUUCAGUGCCGAUCAGAUUGGUAGCCGUUUUAUUCAACAAAAACUUGAGACUGCAAGCAUUGAUGAGAAGACAAUGGUAUUUAAGGAAAUCUUUCCUAAUGCUUUGGUUCUUAUGACAGACGUUUUUGGAAAUUACGUCUUGCAGAAGUUCUUUGAGCAUGGCACUGCCAAGCAAAGGCGUGAUCUGGCAAAUCUUCUUUCGGGUCAUGUCUUAGCACUUAGUCUUCAAAUGUAUGGCUGUAGAGUCAUUCAGAAGGCCGUUGAGGUUGUUGAUAUAGACCAGCAAACAGAGCUUGUCUUGGAAUUGGAUGGAAAUGUUAUGCGAUGUGUGCGAGAUCAAAAUGGGAACCAUGUUAUCCAGAAGUGUAUUGAAUGUAUCCCUCAAGAUAGAAUACAAUUCAUUAUUUCAGCCUUUUUUAAUCAAGUUGUGACAUUAUCAACUCAUCCGUAUGGUUGUCGUGUAAUUCAGAGAGUACUGGAACAUUGUACAGAUGAGAAGAUACAGAGCAUUAUGAUGGAUGAGAUCAUGCAAGCUGCCUGUACUCUUGCGCAAGACCAGUAUGGAAAUUAUGUGAUACAGCAUGUUCUUGAACAUGGUAAGCCACUGGAGCGUGCUGCUGUAAUUAAGAAACUGGCAGGACAAAUAGUUCAAAUGAGUCAACAGAAAUUUGCUUCGAAUGUUAUAGAGAAAUGUUUACAAUUUGGAGGGCCAGCUGAGCGACAAAUAUUGAUUGGUGAAAUGCUUGGUUCAACAGAUGAAAAUGAACCUCUUCAGGCAAUGAUGAAAGAUCAAUUUGCAAAUUAUGUUGUGCAAAAGGUUUUGGAAACUUGUGAUGACCAGCAGCGUGAAUUUAUUUUGUCACGUAUUAAGGUGCAUUUAAAUGCCCUAAAGAAGUACACAUAUGGAAAACACAUAGUUGCUCGUGUUGAAAAGCUCAUUACAGCUGGAGAAAGGCGUAUUGGGAUGCGUUCUGCAUCUCUUGUAAAUUCCUGUUGAGAUAUGUACACGAGGACAUUGUAUAGUUGAUUUCAUGACAAAAUAUUGCCUAUGGUCACAUUAGAGUGUUGCAAUACUAUCAUUUCUGACAUGGUACUUAAGGAAAGUACCAGCUGGUGUAUAUGGGUAAAGAAUCGUUUUUAAUCAAAUUCCGUGUUGUAAAUUCUGUAGUUUAAAUGUUUGUAGUGUUCUUAAAUUGAACAAAAAGUAGGCAUAUAUGUGAGGAGCCCUUUUGCUUUGGAAAUUUCGAAUGGGCCAAAAUAUAGUAAGUCUUCUUGUGAAAGCUCAGUGACAGAUUGUGCAAUCAAUAAAGACUGUACAAAGUUUGGCGGAAUAACUGUAAAGGUGCAAUUUAGAUUGCAUUAGUUUGAAUUUGAUUGAGAUGUAUUUUGGCCUGUCAAUGGCUGCAAAGCACAACUUUUAACCUUUCUGGGGAAGUGCUAUUAUUCAGCAUGUACAUUCACUGUUUUGACAUGCGUUCGGUUUUUCCCAACGGAUGAAAGAAUUUUAUUUCCCAGAUUACUUUGUAGAAAUACAGCCUCUAUGCAGAUGAUGCUUUGUUACAGAA